AUGACGUCCCGCAGACUUCAGGAGUGCAUAGAAGAAUUUAUCGAAAUUUACAGAAAUGAACCUUGCCUAUGGCAAAUUAAGUGUAAAGACUACCACGAUCGUGCAAGGAGAGAAGCAGCGUAUUCAAAAUUGGUUGAAAAAUUGAAAGAGGUUGAACCUUCUGCCAACAAAGAAAGUGUAGUGAAAAAAAUCAAUAACAUUCGAAGCAAUUAUCGAAAAGAAUUAAAAAAAGUUAAGGCAUCAUCGAAAACAGGAUCGGGUACAGACGACAUUUACGAACCAAAAUUAUGGUAUUUCAAACUCCUAUGUUUCUUGAACGAUCAAGACAUUCCUCGAAAAUCCCGUACAAAUAUUGAAAGCGAUAACGACGAAACAAGGAUUGAACUGCCGGAUCUUGGAUCGCCUGCUGGACUCAGCUUCCCGGACUCUCUCACUGGACGGCCUCAGCUGUGCACUGACGACUUCGCCCCGGACCGUGGCUGGACCGCUUCUUGGAUCUCCCCGAGCGUCGUAGGAUCGCCGAUGAUGGAUCAGGAAUACGACAUAGGAAUUACAUCGGGUAAAUCUGUGCCUGAUGGUAGCAUCGAGGAUGCUGACGAAUCGCCUGUCUGUACAAAGGAUGAAAAUUCGUCAGAGCCAGCUGCAUGUACUUCUGCAUCGACACCUCAAUACAACCGUCCAAGACCAUCGAAAAGGAAUUUAUCAUCAGAUCAAGAAGCCUUAACGAACGACGUAUUAUUGUCAAUAAAUAAUCAUUUCAAGCGUCCAGCAAAUCAAGAUGACCGUUUUGAUAUUUUCGGCAAGAACGUUGCCAUGAAAUUACGCGAUCUGCCUAAACAACAAAGGCUCAUAGCAGAAAAAAUCAUCAAUGAAACUUUAUUUGAAGCCGAAAUGGGCAAUUUAACUAUGUCUCAAGGAUUAACUUAUCAACAUCAACAUCAACUCCAUACAAUUAAUCCUACACCUCCGCCAAUGUAUCAGCAGUACCAGCAAUAA